CAAUGACAAAGCCAUGUGUUGCCUCCCUGGUUGUGGUGGUUGGAUUGGGUUUGGAUGUCAUUGUGAGAGGCGAGCGCGCAGAGGGGUAUAAUGGUACUCGAUUUCGCUGAAUGGGUCGCCUUGAUUAGCCAUUGGUUGGAUCUUCCUUUGGCAUUGUCGAAAGGUGCUUUUUCCCGCUUUUCAAGCCUGUUUUGCACCCGACACUGUACAGCGAUUUGUCCCUGAGAAAAUGGCGCCGACCACUGAGUUGCGCCAGAGGAAGCCCGGCAAAGGCGAGGGCGGCAAAGCAGACCACUCCGACACCCCACCGGAGAAGGAGAAGCCUAAAGACGACAAGAAGCAUGCCCACAGGAAGUCGAAAAAGGCGGCCCGUCCCCACUGGGGAUGUUACGACGCAUUCUGUUGGAUGAUAGGCAACCUGACCGUGCUGUUUUGCAUCCUGUUCAUAGUGUCGAAGUUUGUUCCGAGCAAGAAGGCGACGGAGUUUGUGAUUGAGAAGAUCACGGGGCAGGCUCCGCCUCAGACACCGGGUGAGAAGCUGCGCGCAGAAGGUCUACGGUUGAAGCAUCCGCUUGUAUUUAUGCCGGGCGUUGUCACGGGCGGUUUGGAGCUGUGGGAGGGCCGCGAGUGCGCCGAAGAUCUCUUCCGGCAGCGCGUAUGGGGGGGCGACUUUGCUGACAAAGUCCUGUCCAAGCCGCACUGUUGGAUGGACCACUUGAUCCUGGACAACGAGACCGGCCUCGACCCCCCCAACGUGCGCGUGCGCUCCGUCCCGGGUCUAGUUGCGGCCGACUUCUUCAUGCCCGGAUACUUUGUGUGGGCCCCAAUAAUUGAGAACGCGGCCCGGCUGGGGUACGACCACAAGAGCAUGUGGAUGGCGGACUAUGACUGGCGGCUCUCGUAUGGCAAGGCCGAGAAGCGCGACGGCACGCUGACGCGGCUCAAGAUGGUGAUUGAGACCACGAAAAAGAUGAACGAUGACGAGAAGGUGGUUCUGGUGCCGCACAGCAUGGGCUGCAUAUUGACAAUGUACUUCCUCAAGUGGGUCGAGGCGCCCGCGCCCCACGGCGGCGGCGGCGGCCCCCACUGGGUGAAUGACCACAUCCACGCAGUUGCAGGAAUUGCGGGGCCGUGGCUCGGCGUGGCUAAGGGGGUCACCGGGCUGAUUUCGGCUGAGGCGAAGGACGUGGCGGAACUCAGGGCGAUGGCCCCCUUCAUCGACAGUGGCGCGUGGGGCACGCGCGCGUUCCAGCACGUGCUGCGCGUCAGUCGCACGUGGGAAUCUCUCACGAGCAUGCUCCCGAAGGGGGGUAACGCAGUCUGGGGCGACGUGGACUGGUCCCCUGAGGAGGGCUACGAAUGUUGCCCCCCGAAAAAAGAAGAGGACGGCGAAUUUAAGGAUAAGGACGUCGGGCCGUCCGGCAAGCCGGUGGCGCACUACGGGCGGUUCCUGUCGUUUGGACGGGAGCUGGCGGAGCUGGAGAAGGGGAAGGUCGCGGAGCGGGUUGAGAAGAUGAUGAAGGAGCCGCUGCUGUUCGUGAACCAGACGUACUGCCAGAGUGACGUGUGGACCGAGUACCAGCAGCUGAGCACCGACAAGAUGCAGGAGAUUGCACGCCGCGGCGUGUACAACAUCGAGCAAGCGCUGGACAUGCUGCGCGAGAUCGCGCCCAGUUUGAUGAAGCGUGCGGACGAGAACUGGGGCUUCGGCGUCGCGGACAACCCGUCGGCGCCCGAGUAUGCGGACAACCCCAAGUACUGGAGCAACCCGCUGGAGACCACGCUGCCGUUCGCCCCGGACAUGACCCUGUACUGCCUCCAGGGGGUGGGCAUUCACACCGAGCGGUCGUACAUUAUGAAACUGUCGGACCUGAACGAGAGCUGCGCGCUGCCGUUCCGGAUCGACGGCACCGUCUCCGGCAAAAACGAGGGCUGCCUCAAGAGCGGCGCACAGUUUUCGGACGGUGACAUCACGAUCAACUUGGUGAGCGCGGGCUACAUGGCGGCGAAGGGCUGGAAGGGGCGCACCAAGUACAAUCCCGGGGGGGUCAAGGCAGUCAUGCGUGAGUAUAAGCACGUGGCCCCCGCAAACUUUCUGGAGGGCCGGGGGACGCAGAGCGGGAACCACGUGGACGUCAUGGGUAAUUAUGCAAUGAUUGAGGACAUUUUGCGGAUUGCCGCGGGCCAGACGGCGGAGCAACUAGGAGGGGAUCGGUAUUACUCUAAGCUGCCGGAGUGGGCGGAGAGAGUGAAGAUUGAUGUCAAGUUGAAGCAGACGAGUUCAUUUGCGCAGAAGCUGGGGAUAAAGUCCUGACAUUAUUGCUAGGAAGGUUAGGAUUGGGUUUUGUUUGCCAGCCGGUUGCUGAGAUAUGACAGUCACCUUAAACAUUUGCCUAGGAGUCUAAUAAAUAUUGAUGGUCCUGAUAUGAGUGGUUGAAUUUAAACUGGUGCGCUGCAGCGGCAUGUAUAGA